AUGACAUCCAUGAGAAAUCGACCUCAGGCAGGCGACUAUAUAAAAGCUGUUAAAGGCGUAACGUUUUCUUAUGCGAUUGGAUUAAAUACUUUUCAAAAAGGAACACUCGGAGAUGCAGACAGUUAUAUAACAGGAACUUUACAUCUCAAUUAUGGUAAACCUCAACAAAUUAGGAGUGUUAGCCUUAAUUUUAAAGGUAUCGAAAGGACAAUUUGGCAUAAAUCUCAAGCUAGGUCAAAAGCCGUUUAUUCAGGUGAACAUACUAUCGUCGAUUUAUUAGAAGAAGUUUGGAAAACCGAAAGUUUGAAUGGUAUCAUGAAUUUAGAUAUUCCAUUUAAAAUCAAACUUCCUAAUAAUUUACCUGAUACAAUUGAAACAGAAAUUGGAUCAAUUGAUUAUGUUCUUCGUGCUGUUAUUCAUCGUAGAGGAAAUUUAGUAUUAUCAACUUCAACUCUAGUAGCUGAAGUUAAAUGUUCAUUAAAAAGAACUUUAAUUUUAAGUAGUUCUGAUAAUGUUCCUUACAAAUUACGUGGUGAAUCCAGAUCUGGUAUUGAUUAUCUUUUUAGUUUACCUCCGAAAAAGAAUUUUAAUCCUGGUGCUUACGUCUCUAUUCCUAUGAGAAUUCGCUUUUUAAAACCCGGUAUCAGUGUUGAAAAAAUUGAAAUUGCUAUAAAAACUUGUAUGGAUUUUAGAUGUAGUAUUCCAACUGAAACACGUCAUGCCAAAGAAAUUACUACAUCUUUAGUAAUUCCACGUCAGGAUCUUAGAUAUACAAAUCAAUCAGCUUCUGAUCAAUUUGAUAGUGAAUGUUCACAUACUAUUAAUUUAUUCGUUCCACGUAAUGUACAACCAACUUAUUCCGGUCGUUAUAUUAGCAUUAAUCAUCAACUUUGUAUAAAGUUUUGUUUAUGGGGUGCUGAUAACGAUUUUCAAGUAGAAGAAAGUAUAAGGGUUGCAAAUAUUUUUGAUCAACAACAAUCUUCUAGUGGUCAAUCUUCAUCUCAUUCCAAUGUUUCACCAACUUUACAAAGAUCUAAAUCUCUUGAAGAAAAUGUCGCAGAAGUUUAUGCUGAUGCUUAUGUUACUGAUGAUCGUGAAAUUGGAACUGCUGUAUAUUUAAAUCCAAGUGAUCGUGAUCAAAUUGAAAAAUCUUCUAAUUAUUCUGGUCAUUCUAGUCGUCCAUCACAAACUUCUUUAAAAAUUAUUACUGAUUCAGAUCCUAAAAUGUCUAAUGGUCAUAAUGGUCAUAAAACUAAUUAUAAUGAUUCAACAAAUGGUGAAGUAGGACGACCUAGAGUUUUAUAUAAUGCUUCAUCAGUGGAUGAUUUAAAUCAUUCUAUGGUAUCUUAUACUUCUGCGACUAGUAACAUAAUUCAUAAUUAUACUUCAAGUGAUGAUCAACUUUAUUCUUAUGGAUUUGACGAUGAGGAUGGUUCAACUUUAAGCCGUGAUGAUUUAUUACUUCAACAGAAAUUACAACGUAUGGCUAUAGCUCAACAACAACACCAACAACAUCAACAACAUCAACAACAACAUCAACAGCAUCAACAACAACAACAACAUCAACAGCAUCAACAACAACAACAACAUCAACAGCAUCAACAGCAUCAACAGCAUCAACAACAAAUUAUCUAUAGUCAAAAUCCUAUAUACGUGGCACCAAACUCACCUCCGGUUCGCCUUGCACCUCUUCCUGCAAUACCUAUUAACAUGAGACAGGGCAUGAUCUUAUCUUCUACCCCUCGUAUGCAGACUGGUCAAACCAUCAAGAAUCUUAAUGCUAGUGUUGGUAACAAUAAUUAUCCACCUCCUUACGAUACUGAACGUGGUCAACCCAUCGUUUAUGCCCAAAUGACACCACAACAAAUGCAUAUAGCAAGUUUACCACAUGUAAUAUACGACGCAUUAUUAGAAAUUAGCAUAAUUAGUUAA